CUGAUUUGGCAGAAAAGAAACAAUUUCUGAACAGUGAAACUUUGGGAAAAUUGUUCAGAGAAUUUAGUUAAGAGUUGAUCAAUUAAUCUGGAAAGGUAAACAAAUAUGAACCAUCUGAUGAGAAGUAUUCAAUUCCUUUUCCCAUUUCUGUGAAGUAAUAAGUGGCACGUUUUAUUGCAUUUAUGCUGUGUAAGCCUGUCACCAAGUUUCAACUAAGGAAAGAGGUUCUGUUUUUAAAUCCAUUAUUGACCCUCUUUGUAUUCUGGGACCUUAAUCUUCAUGCUGAAAAUGAUAACCAUAAUACCCAGAAAUUAAGAACUUUGGAUCCAUCAGAUUUUGCUCGUACUCCUCUCAUUUUCCCAAGUUGGGACUAUUGAUGUCAAUAAACUGGAGUCCGUUUUGGAAAACAUGGGCUUGAACCUCACAGAAGAAGAAAUGAAGGAUCUGAGAUCAAACCUGCCUGUUAAUGCAGAUGGUAAAGUUGCAAUGAGAAUAUUGUUGGAUGCAUUAAAAGCUUUUACAGGACCAAAGGUUGAUGUGCGAUGUCUACAGGAUAUUCUGAACCACAUGGGGAUUGAGCUAACAGAUAAAGAACAAAUGAAGCUGCUAAAAACACUGCCUAUUGAUGCUGCUGGGAAGAUCUAUAAAAAUAGAUUGUUGGAUGAUGUGAAGUCUCUCAAAAAAGGGAAAGUUAAAAGAAGUAAAAUGAAUAUUGCUCUAGAAAACCUGGGAAUCAAGCUCACAGAAAAGGAGAUUAAAAGUCUGGUGGAAAACCUACCAGAUAAUGCUAAUGGGAAGAUUGAGCUUAAAACAUUGAUGGAUACAGUGACAGCUGUUACAGGAGAAGUUGACGUCAAUGAUGAGGAAAAUAUUCUGGGGAAAAUUGGGAUAGAUCUCACAGAUAAGGACUGCCUAGAGCUGGAGAAAAAUCUUCCCGUUGAUGCUGAUGGAAAGGUGUAUCAGAAUAGGUUGAAGGAUGAUGUGAAAUCACUUAAAAGAAAAAAAGUUGAUGCCAAUGAUCUGCUGAAAUUUCUGGGGAACAUGGGGAUCGAGCUCACGGAAAAGGAACGUGUGAAGCUUCUACAAACACUACCCACUGAUGGAGGAAUGGUUAGCUUUGAUAAUCUAGACACUGUUUUGGGAAACCUGGGGGUCGAACUCACAAAAAAGGAAUAUGAAGAUUUGGCCAAAAAUCUGCCACUUAAUGCUAAUGGGAAGGUUGACCUCAAUACAUUGAUGGAGACAUGGAAACUAUUACAGCUAAUGGAAAAGUCUACAAGAAUAGAUUCAUGGAUGGUUUGAAGUCUCUUAAGGCCUGUCACCAAGUAGGAACUAUUGAUGCCAAUAAACUGGACUCCAUUUUGGGAAUCAUGGGAUUGAACCUCACAGAAAAAGAAAAGAAGGAUCUGAGAUUAAACCUUCCCGUUAAUGGUGAGCUCUAUUUAAUAUCUUUUUAAACUACUUAGGAAAACCUGGGAUUUUGCACAUGCCUCAAUUAAUCAACCAUUCAAAUGUUUAUUUGACAUAGGUAGGCAUUUAGAAAAAUAUAUAAAGUAAUUCAGAAAGCAAUUAAGGACUAAUUGUUGUCUUUAAUCAUUUUCAUCAGUUUAGGAUAUAAUGUUUUUUACUUGAAUCCUAAGCAGGGAUGAGAGUUUCUUCAGGAUCACUACCAUGUCUGGCAAAGAUGGGGAAAGAAAAUAAAUUAGAAAGCAGAAAAUAGUACAUAUCCAAUGGAAAACAGUUAGAGAAAAGAUACACAAAAUGACGAGAAGGAAACAAUUUUAAAAUUGGGGAAUGAUUUAAAUGCCACCAACUAUCUGUUAAAAUUUUUGUUUCCACUACUGCUAAUCCUACUUCACUGAGUCAGUUACCACUAGCCAAGAAGACAGAACAGGAACCAGAAGGAAUAACAGGUCUGGUACAUAUCUCCUUUCCCAUGAAGCCGUAACAGGACCUGUAAACUAUCAUAAGGUCAAGGGUGUUGAAAGGUUCAGAGCAACAGCAAGUCAUAUUCCCUCUCUGAAGCUGCAAGAUUCCCCUUUUGGAACAAGCUCCAUGAUCCAAGGGCUCUUGUUUUGGGACUUGAACUACCUCUUACUGAGCUGAAGACACACUCAAAAAUGCUUUGAGUUACAAAGUAAUUCCAUCCCAAAUGAACAAAAUGAUGAAUGUUAACCUGGGAAAAUACCUUGGGCUAAGUACAUAUCUAAAACCUACUCAUUUUAUUAUUUGCCAGUUUGUUUCACUGUUGCUGUUAACUACUGUGCUGGUUUGUAUAUAUUAUGUCCCCAAGAAAAAGCCAUAUUCUUUAAUGCAGUCUUGUGGGGGCAGA